GUCAUAUUUGUUAAAUAUAACAAAUGUGUUGUUUCCCGACUGUGUGAGUGAGUGCGUGCAAAAAAAGCUAGUGUUAAUAAUUAAUCGCCAGUAAAAGUAGUCCCAUCGUAUCAAAGAGGUACGCGGCAAUAGCAACAGCAAAUAACAGCGGCAAUAUGAGCGGAGGUGGCAUGGAUAAAAGAAAACUGUCCACAUCGGGCGAUUCGCUGUAUGAGAUCUUGGGACUUCCGAAAACAGCCACAGCUGAUGACAUCAAGAAGACUUAUAGAAAACUUGCACUUAAGUACCAUCCAGAUAAAAAUCCUGACAAUGUUGAUGCAGCCGACAAGUUCAAGGAGGUCAAUCGGGCACACUCGAUACUGAGCGAUCAAACCAAACGCAAUAUCUACGACAAUUAUGGUUCGUUGGGUCUCUACAUUGCCGAGCAGUUCGGUGAGGAGAAUGUGAAUGCAUACUUUGUGGUCACAUCGCCAGCGGUGAAGGCCUUGGUUAUUUGCUGCACUGUGCUGACGGGUUGCUGCUGUUGUUGCUGCUGCUGCUGCUGUUGCAACUUCUGUUGUGGCAAGUUCAAGCCACCGGUGAACGAGUCGCACGAUCAGUAUUCACAUUUAAAUCGCGCCGAUGGCAAUCGAGAGGCCAGCGAUCUGCCACCGCAACUGGGACAGCAGCCACGUCUUGAGGACGUUGAUCUGGACGAUGUGAAUCUAGGUGCUGGAGGCGCACCUGUGACCACUCAGCCACGAGAGCAGCCCGGUGGACAACCCGUGUUUGCUAUGCCCCCACCAGGAGGUGCUGCUGUUGGCGUCAAUCCAUUCACGGGAGCUCCGGUGGCUGCCAAUGAGAACACGUCGCUGAACACAACAGAACAGACCACAUACACACCAGAUAUGGUUAAGCAAAAAUAUUAGGUUCAUGCUUCAAGCGAGAGACACAAACACCCAAAUCAUGAGAGCGUUUUGAACAGCCACACACAUUUUUUAAACUAUUUAAAUUGCAACUUUUUGUUAACAAUUUGGGUAUGUUAGACAGCAUGGAAACAACAACAACAAACAAAAA